CACAAGAACACUGUACAAGAUGGAAUCUUGCUAGGAUUUAUGGAGUUGCAUAAGGAAAUUGCAACUGGCUUUGUCAAAGGCGACAAAGUGGCCACGGACCAACUAUGGGCAGAACUAACAGGAGAGCUAAACAGUCAUGGUCCACCUAGUAAAGAUAUCCAGGGAUGGAAAAAGGUGUGGCUCGACUGGAAGGCGACUGUUCGUAAAAAGAUUGCGCACAAUAAUUCAGAAGCACGGGCGACUGGCGGUGGACCAUUCAACAAAUAUGUUCUUACCGCAGCCGAAAAAGCAAUUGGACGACUAUGUGGCAUUUUUAAAGUGGUCCGUGGUAUUAAGAACACGGUUGAGUUUGGUCAACUGUGCUCAAAUGACGAGGAUGUGUCUUCCGAUGAGUUGUGCCUAUCUUAUAUUGCUACCACUACCAUUGGUGCCAUUACUGCUGAUACUAUUGGUCCCACUACUGCUGAUACUAUUGGUGGCACUAAUGCUGCUGCUAUUGGUAGCACUAAUGCUGCUGCUAGCAGAAAACGCCGUCGGGAACCAACGUGGCAAGAAUCUAUGGAAGAGCUUCUCAAGGAGAAGCUGGAUCUCAAAAGGAAAAAGUUGGAGUUAGAAGAAAAGAAGUUUAAUUUAGCGAAAGCUAAUCGACGCUAA